AUGAACCGUAUCUCCAAGGCAUCUUCUGACCUCAAGGAUAACCUUAAGAUCGCUACCCACAAUGUCAAAGACAAAAUCACCUUCAAUUCUGACUUCAACAAGGAUGAUGAGCUCAUAGACCACUAUAAGCAUGACAUCGAAAAGUGUGUCAAGGGUCUCAGUUUUAUCAAGAACCAAACCAAGCGUAUCGGUCUCAGCUACUGGCCGCGCUUGUUUAAGCUGAACCUCAAGUUGGUUGACUUAUUCCUCAGGUUGCUAGGCGAAUCAUCAUUACAUUUCAAGGGAAUUGAGCAAUUCUACGAGGACUUUGACAAGUACUCUGCUGAGCUGGAAGUGCCAUUGGUACAUCCCAAAGAACGGGAGCUAUUGAUUUCCAGUGUCAAUGAGGAAUUGCUCAACUAUCGCUCCACUAUUGAGCUGUUGAGCUUCAAAGUGAAGAAGGACUGGGAUAUCCACGUCCAACAGGUGAAGAUGAGAGUCGACCAAAUGAACUCAUAUCUCAAGGAUACAUUGAAGCUCAUUAAAAAGAGACAGGUCAAACAAUUGGACUACAAUAGAACCCAUCAUAAGGUGGACAAGCUUCAAAAGAAGAACAUUCCGUUGGACGAAAAGGAGCACGAGAAGCUAAACUCUUUAGACUCAAAACUCAAAAGUCAGUAUGACUCAUUUGAAAUAUUGGAUAACAAGUUGAAAACCAUAUUACCCCACGUACUUACAUUUUUGGAUGAGUUUAUAGAAGAUUUGACCAAGUUAGUCAUUUGUCAACAAUUGCAUACUUUGGAGGAAGUUUCUAAAAGGUUAAAACAUUUCUCCACAUAUCAUGGGUUCUUAGCUGGUGAUAAUGGUGAUUUACAAUCGUACGAGGCUAUUGCAAAUAAGUGGGAGUCAGCAAUAACUGGAACCAGAUUACAAAUCGAAUCAUUCAUUGGCGCCAUUAAUUCGAAAAAUCCUGAUCUUAUAAACAAGGAAAUUGACGAGAAGGAUAAGACACUGUCAGCUACCAAGAUGUGGAACAAAGUGAGCCAAACUGUCACCGAAAGAGCACACAAGGUUAAGCCCAAAGACCAUACAAAUGGAGUGUUUAAUGAUUAUCUUGCUUUGGAUCCUUUGAAAUCUUUCCUUGAGUAUAAUGAUCCACAAAAGAAUAGAUCGGAAACUUAUCAUCCAACCAGAAAAGUUGACAUUGAUGAUAUUAUAGUUUCAAAACCACCUGCAUCACCACCCUUACCUCCAUUACCUCCGAGAUCAAAUACAAAACCCCUCCCAAUGGUUAUAGCAAGCAAGGUUACUACGCCUUUACCUCCGAUUCCAAAUUCCCAAUCUAGGGUGCAAUCUCCAUCAGUUCCAAAAUAUGCCCAGUUUCACGAUCCAUUGGAUUUAGAAGAGGAAGACGAAGAUGAUACUUCAUCAAUUAUUUCUGAUUCUUCUUUCCCUUCGGUCUCCUCAAUUUCAAGUGAGGUUUUGAUUCAAAAUUCCACUCCUAAUUUGGUAGAAAGGGAUUUGACAAGGAUAUAUAAUGGAUCUAAAAAUGAGAGACAAGUUGCACCAAUACCUGACCUCGAACCAAAGCAUGAUAUUCAUCCAUACCACUCAGAUAUAUUUGACAAAACAUCCUCAAUCACAUAUAAGCUUAAUCGCAUAAACAAUUUUUUUGGAAGAAUACUUGAUACUACAAACGGUGGAAAGAAAUUGAUCGCGAAAUAUGAUUUUGAUGGUAAAGAGCCAGGCGAUUUGUCGUUUUCCAAGGGUGAUGUCAUUGAGAUUGUAUGUGACUUUCAGAACAUUGAUACGUUAUACAUUAAUGAUGAUAAGAACUGGUUAAUAGGAAGGACUUCCAGUAAGAACACUGAAAAUUUUAGGAUGGGAUUCGUACCAAGUAACUACUUGGCUGCUACAUAG